UGGGAGAGCAGAUAUAGUGAAUGCGGGGUCCGGGGAGACCAGAUAUAGUGAAUGCAGGGUCCGGGGAGAGUGGAUAGAGUGAAUGCGGGGUCUGGGGAGACCAGAUAUAGUGCAGGCAGGGUCCGGGGAGAGAGGAUAUAGUGCAUGCCGGGUCUGGGGAGAACAGAUAUAGUGAAUGCGGGGUCCGGGGACAGCGGAUAUAGUGAAUGCGGGGUCCGGGGGAGAGUGGAUAUAGUGAAUGCGGGGUCCGGGGAGAGCGGAUAUAGUGAAUGCGGGGUCCGG